GUUGUGGAAGAAGAUUAUUUUGUUGCCCCCACAAAUCAAGUCUAAUAAAACUUAUAAUUUUGUAGAUAUAGUUAUUCAUCAAACUCGUAGUUAUAUUUUUAAUUUAACUAUCUUUAUUUUUUAUUAAAAUUUCUUAUUCAAUUUUAAGAGUAUAAAAUGAGUCUGUUAAACAGAAUAUUAUCCAUGUGCAAAGCUUAUGCAUAUAUGGAACCUAUAAUAAUCAAUAGUACUAUUGACCAUUUAAAAUAUGGAGCGACAGGUGAACUGUUAUGUCAAAAUAUCAGAAAUGAAUGGUUAUAUAGCAAUGUGACUAGUAGAGAUGAAAGUGUAUUUCAAUUUUGUAACAUCAGGGAAAAAUACUUCAACGAUAUUUUAAGUCUUAAAGAUCCAUUUAUGAAUGCUAAACAGUUUUCCAAUAACCAACUACCAUUCAGUUUUGCUGAUUCUAGAAGUCUCUGUGAACAACCAGAUUUAAUGGAUUCUGGAGUCGGAGAUAGAAAAUGUUUUAGCCCUAAGAACUUUACAAGGUUUAAGUAUUUCGCAUUUUGUAUACCAGAGGAAAGUCGACAAUUUUUCUAUCACUGGCAAAGGCAACGCAAAAUUUGGUGGAGAAAAUUCUCUGCCAAUCCUGGUAGAUUUUCAUUGACAGAAAUAUCGAUUGAUGAUAAUGGGCAAGAGAGCACGGAAAUCCGUGCUGAAUUUGAAUGGGGCCAGGAGACAAUUGAAACCAUACGUAACGUAAACACUAAAAUUUUUGAUAGUCUAGAGUCAGUAGAACAGGAAAUGUUUUUAUCAAGGGUAGGAAAAAGGAAAGUCUUGCCUCACGUGGUAGAAAGUGAAACUAGUCUCGAGAAAGCGUGUAUGGUGUUUCUGUGUGAUGGUUAUACAGAAUUACCUUAUCAUAAUGAUCGCAGGGAAGUGUUCCGGUUUCAUCGUAAAUUGGCUCCAUAUAAAAUAACAUUUGCGGCUCCGCUAUUAAAUGCCAAAAAAGCUGACGAAUUGAGGCAACUUUCCAUAUACUUGGGACUAAAUUUAAAAAAAUCUGGGGUGUCAACCUUAAUAACUCCAUACCUGGCAAAAAAAUCUCUCGAAUCACAAUUCACAGAUUCGGACUGUCUUGGCAUACCAUACAUAGCUGUACUCAACGAGUCUACUUUAGAUGAUGGUAUUGUAGGACUUCGUAGUAUUGAAACUACUCUUGAGGAAAAAAUCCAUGUGGCCAAUUUGACUUCUUACGUUGAACUUCUCAUAAAGAAUUAUUGAUUAUGUUACUACCACUAUAAACUAUAAAUUAAUCAUUUGAAAUUUGUUUAAACAAAACAUAUUAUUUGUAUUAAUGUGCAUAUUAUUAUAAAUAUUAAUAAAAAAAAAUUUAAUGAUUUAAUAUUAAGCAAAGCAGUUUUAAAUGUAAUACAAAAAUAUGAUUUCAUAUUUGUUAAAAUAACAAAAUUUUCAUCUACUAAGUACACUUAGAAUUGCAUACUUAAGACAAAUUAGUUUUGAAAUUGUUUGUUAUGUAAAUAAAGGAGUAAUUUUACAACAAAA